GAUUUGAAGUUGUGAAGAGAGAGAAUCCUACGCCGUCAUUGUGUCUUGACUAUAGAACUGCUGAUUUAGAUAUAGAGAGAGAAACAAACUUGCCGGCUACCCCCUUUCUCUCUCUACAUAUCUAUACAUAUGAACUCAACUCAUGCAUGUAUUCUAAAGUAUCAAUUUUUAUUGCUAUAUAUAUAAAUAAUGUAUACGCGUAUUGAACAGUCAAUAAUGACAGAGUCAUGACAUUUCUUCUUCAAGACCUAGUCUUUUUCGCUUCACAAACUUUCUGAAGAUCAAGAGUUCAUGAAUCGGAAUUUGUUUUUUGUUAUGAUUCAGGAUUUGAAGUUCAGAGUAGUUUUGGUUUAUUUCUUAUUGAUUUAGUGAAAAGUUUGGAUUUUUGCCCUGCCAUGGUGGGUGAGUGUGUGUGUGCAUGAAAUUGUAAGAAGUUCUGGGUAUUUUGCUUUAUGCUUUUGACUGUGGAAAGUUGAAUUUUCUAAGCUUUGGUUUGCAUGUAAGGACAGAAUUCUUUGCUGAUACUGUAUUUUUCCAACUGGCUUGAGCUUAUGAUGAUUUAUGUUGAUGGGUUUGUGAAAAGUUGAAUUCCCUAAGAGGUCGUGAUGAGAUUAGUAUUCUGGUUAGUUCUUUGAACGCGUGAAAGAGGGGGUGUAUUUAUUCUCUGUUGGGAUUUAUAUUUGGGAAAUUAUGGGUUGUGUGUGUGGAAAACCCUCUUCAGCUGUUAAAGCUAGUGAGGAGAGCCCAAAGCAGAGAGAAUUGAUUAAGAAAACAUCUGAAUUGCGUGAGGCUCGAGCGAUUUCCUCGAAAAGGGAUGAGAGUUUGUCACGGAAGGAGAAGUUGGAGACUGGUGAUAUUAAAAUUGGGUUGAUUGAUAGGAAAGUUAGUGGGUCUAGAAGGGUGAGGGAUGAUUAUUAUGAGAAAAAAAGAGAUUCUUCUGAAGAUGUGGGCAAUUUUCCGGGAUUGAGAAACCUUCCCAAAGCCAUAGAAGGAGAACAGGUUGCGGCUGGAUGGCCGUCUUGGCUAGUUGCGGUGGCCGGGGAAGCUAUCAGAGGAUGGAUUCCACGCAAAGCUGAUACUUUUGAAAAACUUGAUAAGAUUGGCCAAGGAACUUACAGUAGCGUGUACAAGGGUCGUGAUCUCCUGCAUAAUAAAGUUGUUGCUCUAAAAAGAGUACGCUUUGAUAAUAUGGAUCCUGAAAGUGUCAAAUUUAUGGCAAGGGAGAUUCUGAUUUUGCGAAAGCUUGAUCACCCAAAUAUAAUUAAACUGGAAGGCUUGGUUACUUCAAGAACAUCUUCUAGUUUAUAUCUCGUCUUUGAAUAUAUGGAGCAUGAUCUCACUGGACUUGCAUCACUUCCAGGCGUUAAGUUUACAGAACCACAGGUGAAGUGUUAUAUGCAGCAGCUGCUGAGUGGACUUGAUUAUUGUCAUAGUCAUGGUGUCCUGCACCGAGAUAUUAAGGGUUCAAAUCUCUUAAUUGACAAUCAUGGCAUCUUGAAGAUUGCAGAUUUUGGCUUAGCAAGUUAUUUUGAUGAUCAUCAGAAAGCUCCAUUGACAAGCCGCGUAGUGACUUUGUGGUAUCGGCCACCUGAACUUUUACUAGGUGCAACUCAGUAUGGAGUUGCAGUGGACUUGUGGAGUACUGGCUGCAUACUUGGAGAAUUGUAUGCUGGCAAGCCCAUCAUGCCUGGUAGAACUGAGGUUGAGCAAUUGCACAAGAUAUUCAAGCUUUGUGGUUCUCCCUCUGAGGAUUAUUGGAGAAAGUCAAAAUUACCUCAUUCACCAGUGUUUAAGCCUAUUCAGCCCUAUAGACGGCGAGUUGCUGAAACCUUUAAGUAUCUUCCUGAUGCUGCUGUGGGCCUCAUGGAGACCUUACUCUCUAUUGACCCUUCUGAUCGGGGGACUGCAUGUAAUGCUCUCAAUAGUGAGUUCUUCAGAACAAAACCGCUUGCUUGUGAUCCAUCAAGUUUGCCAAAAUAUCCUCCAAGCAAAGAGAUAGAUGCAAAAUUGCGAGAAGAGGAAGCAAGAAGGCAAGGAACGGCAGGAGUUAAGGGACAGAAGAGCGAAAAUGAUUUGAGAAGAUCAAAAGAAUUACGAGGUCCCCCAGCACCUGGUGCUAAUGCUGGGUUAGCUUGGUCAAUGCAGAGGAGGCAUGGCUAUGUGGAUCCUAAGAGCCAAAGUGAAGUGUUCAACUCUCACAAGGAGGAAGCUACUUCUGAUUUUUGGAUGGAUCCAGCAAGACCUGCACAAGGUUUGGGAGAGAUCAGUAAAGAUCAUCACCAAAAUCCUCCAGAGCGAGUUUUUCAUUCAGGGCCUCUUGCUUCAGGAGUGGGUUCAGUUGGGACAAUAUCUGCGAGGAAGAAUAAUAAUUCUUCCAUUCUUGCCACCAGAAACAAUUUGUCAACACUAUCAGGCUUGGUGGCAUCUAGGGCUUUGUCAUCUUUAGAAUCCCGAGAUAAUUUAAUUUCUUCAAAUGUGGAAGACACAAAUCAAGUCGGUAGGCUCUUGGAAUCAUUUGGGAAUCCAACAAGAAAGAAGGAUCGAAGACGCCAAAUGCCAAACUUUUCUAGCUCACAACAUGCCGAAACUGGAGGAGAACCUGCUAUGGAUGGACGCGGCCACAAGGACAGAACAAUUCAUUUUUCUGGUCCUAUACUUGUCCCUUCAAACAAUAUAGAGCAGGUGCUCAAAGAGCACGACCGCCGGAUCCAAGAGGCUGCUCGACGCAUAAGGCAUGAGAAGACAAGAGGUGGCAGAAUUCGGCCUCAGGACAUCCACUUGACAUCUCAUUAAACCUACACCUCCAAUCAGAGUAUUAGCUAAAUCUGUUUGGACAUAUAAUAUAUAUAUAUAUAGAGAGAGAGAGAGAGAAAGAGAGUGGCUUCGAUGUAUAAAUCUUUUAGAUAAGUGUACAGAUUUUUCUGGGUGAGGAUCGAUCUUCACUGUUUUAGAACGAUCCGAUCCUUGCAUCGGAAGGAACAGUAGAAACUGAUUAAUGUGUCGAUGGCAUGUUUAGCUUCUAUUUCAAGUGCAGAAAAAGGACCAAAUCGAGCUAACCAAAUGCUAUCCACGCAGAUCAUCACACGGCUCGUUUGAGUAUAGACGUGGAAAUGCCGUCUGUUUUUGCCCAGUGAUAAUGAAGAGAGCAUCACUCUGGCAGAUGGAUCGAGUGUGUUGCAUUCGACUUCUUAUAGAUUAACGCUUUUAAGUCAUGAGAAGUAUGUGGUUGAAAAUAAGUUCAGUGACUAUACAUAUCUGUAAAGUUUGACUAUAAUGCUUUUUUGGUUAAAACUAUCCAAAUUUCAUACGGUCCUACAAUCAUCCGUUCAA